UCGGCCACCGUAACCAUGUAAUCCCACCCCGGAGCGGCCGGAGGCGGUGUGGAGCAUCAGACAACACCGUGGUAGUCUCGCACUAAAACGGAAGCAAGAAGUCCCUCAAACGUGUAUCCAACAUGUCCGACCUCAGUGUUGUUACUUGCUGAGACGCUACGAGCCGAGAUAUCUUUACUUCACUGCCCGCACAUUAAAGUUGUCCAGCGACGGUUGAAGGAGCGUUAAAGCUUCAAAAUGGCGCAGAGGAAGAAGAAGCUGACGAAGAAGAGGAGACACCCGUUCAAUAAAGACACGGAGGCGGACUCUGACUGUACAUCGUGCCCACUGACUUCAAACAGCGCUGCCAUAUUAGUGCCACUGAUUUCCCCCGAAGGACACAUUUCCACGUGAGAACUACGAUUGAUUUGAAUCAACAUGAUCCCAACACACGUGGUCCUUCUCGGCGCUGCCUCCCACGAGUCCGUCAGCUGCGUCACUGCAAACUUUCAAGCCUUCGUGACGGAUCUGAGUCACGAGGACUUGGACGUUGAGGAGAACCUGCAGGAAAUGGUUGAGCUCAUUUUCAAGAGGGCCGUGAAGAAACCAGACUCUGCUGCAGUCUUCGCGGAGCUGUGUCAACACCUCUCAGAAGUGGAGUUCCAAUCCUUGUCUGACUGGUCAGCCAGCGUCUCCUUCAGGUCUCUGCUGGUUAAACACUGCCAGGCAGAGUUCAUGAAGAACUUGGACAAGGAGGGCAUUCGUCAAGAGAGUUGGUCCUGCCUGAAGCCAGUCCAGGACGUGAGGGUCACCGACCGGCUGAGGGAAGAGCAACAGAACACCAAACCUUCCGGUCGCUUCCUCAAUAUGCUGAGGUUUAUUGGGGAGCUGUUCCUCUCCAAGGUGCUGGCAGAGAAAUCCAUGCACUGCUGCAUCAGGAGGCUGUUGCAGAAAGGAGACGGGCCGUCUCUUGAGGGCCUCUGUCAGUUCCUCCAGAUGAUCCAGCAGGACCUGGAGGUGGUGACGGAAAAGGAAUUGAUGGACACCUACUAUAACCAGCUGGACCAUAUCGCAGAGAAAGGGAAGAGGGCACCAAGGCUCUCCCUUUUGUUGAGGGAAACAGUGGAUGCCAGGAAGAUGGCAUACUCCACCCCCCACUAAGUUUUUAAUGAAAACUCAUGUGGGAAAUACAACUUAUACACUUAUACAACUUAUACAGUGAUAUUUGUAAAUGGACACUAACCCCCCACUGCAACCCCUGCUCCUACUCUGUAUAAUGUGCACUGGGUGACAUCAUGUCUGUACUCUGUUUGUGGUUUGUACUAUGUUGUCGACUAAUGAAUAAAAUGUUUUAAAUUUAAUUUGGGUGUUUUUAUGUCU